CAUUUAAAUGUUGUAUGCUUUAAAGUAGGCCAAAGAGCAAACCAGUUUUGUGGUUCACUUCUCUGUCUUAAACUAAAAAAUAGGAACAUCGACGACAUAAAGCUUGCUAGCUAGCUGCUUACAACUAACAACACCUAGGCAAAUGGGGAAUAGCCUGGGCGGGAAAAAGACCACCAAGGUCAUGAAGAUUAACGGCGAAACAUUCAAGUUGAAGACCCCGGUGAAAGCUGAAGAGGUGGUAAAAGAUUAUCCAGGCCAUGUUUUGCUAGAAUCGGAAUCUGUUAAGCAUUUUGGUAUUCGAGCAAAGCCUUUGCAGCCACACCAGAGCUUGGAGCCCAAGCGGCUCUACUUCUUGGUAGAGUUGCCAGAAGCUCCCAAAGAGAGAGUUACGAGAAGGGUUCGGUCGGGCAUAAACAUGAGUGCUAAAGACAGGCUCGAGAGCCUGAUGCUGUCGAGGAGAUCCGUGUCUGAUCUUACCCUCAUGAAACCCAAAAGUGUGAUACCCGAGGAGUCCGAAGAAGAAGGGUCUGAAAGUGGAGCAAUGAGGGUGAAAAUGAGGCUACCAAAGGCAGAAGUGGAGAGGUUGAUGAAAGAAAGCAAAAAUGAGGCAGAGGCAGCAGAGAAAAUCAUGCAACUUUGCGUGGCAAAUACCAGAAACAGCCCACGUGAAGCUGCGCAGAAAGGAAACGGCGGCCCGUCUUCGCAGCAACAAGUGCAUUGGAAGGGCAGCCACGGAAGAGUUGGAGAAGGUUUCAAGGCCCGUGAGUUACAAGUGUGAAUGGUAUGACGUACGGAGCAGGAAUUGAGAAAGGGGAUUUGGGAAGUCGUUGGACCAGAACAAAGUACUAGUAAUAAGAAAAGCAAUUGUUUAGGAGUUAGCACCCUAAAUUUGGACUUUUCUACGAAGUUCUCUCCGGCUAAUACCAAGUCGUCGAGAACAUAAUUCUAUUUUCUGAUGCAAAAUUUGACUAAUCAAUUAAGUUUUCCAAUGAGUUCGUCUCAUCUUUUGGAUCUUGGCCCCUAGAAAUAAAUGCAUCUCAAUUAAAAUUUAAGGCUAAUUACAUCGACGUGUCUUUAUUGGACUUGUCUCAGACUUAAGAUAAGCUAAAGCUACAGCUAGCUAUGGUUUCAAGCCAAAUCUAUCUCGACUCACGUGCAUUUGACCUAAGAAUGAGGUUGUUCUUGAAGAAAUACAUGCUCUAGGAUUUAUCUUUUGUCAUACAACACCAUAUAAAACCUCCUUGUGGCAGAGCCUUCGAAACAGCUGAACCUGAUCUCAAGAAGUCCUUCCUUAUCCAUGAUUCCACAAAUCAAUCAAAUCCCCAGCGGCGAAAAAGGGCAACCUAACUUUGACUGAAGAACAACCUUUCUUUUAUUUGUUUGUUGUUUAAAAAUUUUAAUUAUCACAUAUUCUUGUGUCUCCUUUCUUUUUUCCUUACGUCAUUUCGCAUUAUCAUUCUAGGAAGAAAAUUAUGAAAAAUAAUUGACUCUAUUUGAGCUUAGUCAUGCAUGCACGUCUUGUCAUAUGAUGGGUAUAAUUAAACCAAAAAAACAAUUACAGAACCCACAAAGAAUGGUAGUUAAAGAUCAAAGAGAAUCCAAGGCAAUUCACCCAAAGACACUCGAUUUGUUUCUCCAACUCCAAAUCGAAUUAAGUAAUUGAUUAAUAACCGAUCGAAUUAGCUACCUUCUCAAAGUUUUCUG